CCACAUGUCACUGGAGCGCACAACACCGGAGCGCGGUCACCGGAUCGCGGGUCUGAUCUGUCAUUUGACCAUCUGGAUACUUACCAUCGACUUGCAUCUUGACUACAUGCAAACCCUUGAGCUCAAGAGGCAAGCGGAGGAUAACUACACUUAUGAAAACGUCACACUUCAGACAUGGUUCGUGUAGGCUAUGGCUUAUGUGUGCGUUAACUUGGCAUUUGUUUUUGAAUGGAAAUAGUGAAAAUCUUGUGACUGGCAUACUUGGGCUUUAGAUUCAGUUGCAGGGCGGUAAGAUGAGCAACACCACUGUGACAACGAGGGCCAUGGUCCCGACCAUACCUUCAAUCAUGUUUAUUUUCGGAGUGGUCGGUAAUGUUAUUGCUAUAGUGGUCUUGUGCAAAUCACGAAAGGAACAAAAAGAGACCACGUUCUACACGUUGGUGUGCGGACUGGCGGUUACCGACCUCUUUGGGACACUGCUCGCGAGCCCGGUCACCAUCGCGACUUAUGUCAAAGGCUCGUGGCCCGGAGGGGACCCCCUGUGUCAGUAUUUCGGAUUCAUAAUGCUCUUCUUCUCUCUGGCGGGACUCAGCAUCAUAUGCGCCAUGUCCGUGGAGAGAUACCUGGCCAUAAACCAUGCUUAUUUCUACAACGACUAUGUGGACCAACGGCUAGCGGGCUUGACGCUUCUAGGAAUCUACGUAUCCAACGCGUUCUUCUGCGCUCUGCCUAGUAUGGGUCUGGGCCAGGUGAAGAAGCAGUACCCCCAGACCUGGUGCUUCAUAGAGUGGCGGAGCAACGUGAGCUCCGACGCCGCCUUCUCCUACAUGUACGCCGGGUUCAGCUCCCUUCUCAUCCUGGCCACGGUGAUUUGUAAUGUGAUGGUGUGCGGGGCUUUGAUUCGGAUGCACCGACGCUAUGUUCGAAGGAUGUCGUUCGGGAACGAUCAAGGGCGGAACGCGGACCCGAGGAGGAGCCGCAGCUUCGGGCACUUGGCAGGUGCAGAGAUCCAGAUGGUCAUCCUGCUCAUCGGCACCUCCAUAGUGGUGCUCAUAUGCUCCAUCCCCCUCGUAGUGCAGGUGUUCCUGAACCAGCUCUACAAGACCCCCGUCGAGCUCCGCCUGGAGAUCAACCCCGACCUGAGGGCCAUCCGCUUCGCCUCCUUCAACCCCAUCCUGGACCCCUGGAUCUACAUCCUCCUCAGGAAGGCCGUGCUGCUCAAGGUCAUCGAGAAGCUCAAGUGCCUGUUCUGCAAGGUCGGCGCCCGCAGGCAGCAGCUGCAGGGCAACUUCGACUGCAUGGACGCCCACCAGCUGUCCUCCGUCAUCUCCAGGGACUCGCCCUCCAUGGUGUCCCGGGACCUGCGCCAGGCGAGCAGCACCUCCCAGACCCUCCUCUACCUGCCCGAGGGCCGCGAGGCCUACGCGGGGAGCGGUCGUCUCCCGGACGACCGCUACAGGUCCCGCCCUUCCUCCGGGGAAGCCCCCCGAGGCUCGGACUCGUCCGAGCAGAGCAGCACGGAGGAGGGCGGCGGAGAGGGGAAACACCUGUCCGCCGAGGAUCUCCGCGCGGAGGAGUCCUCUCAGCCCCGUCCGAAAGAGCAGACGCUGCAGGUCUCGCUGAGCACUGAGCCUGGCCAGGAGAAAUGCAUUUGAAGGCUGAGGGUCGGAGGUCUUCCAUAGACUGCCUGUCAGACUGUUCUCCCUCAUGGAACCUGGCUGAACCUCUAGCAGAGCCAGACUUAACCCUCCUAAGAGGUCUACUCUGAUAGGCCAGAGCCUCUUGGUCAUUGUUGUGUCAUUAUAUCAACAUGAAACUGGUGACCUGACCUGUCGUGUUCAGGUCAGGGUUGUGAGUGUGAACAUUGGGACACGUUUGGGACACUGGUUCCUCUGACGGAAGGUCCUGGAAGGUGAGAGUGGACUAGUUGUCUCACAGCAUUCGAGUUUUCAUUAAGGUUUACGUGUGUGUGACUUUUUUAAAGUUACAUUUGUAUUCUUCUCCAUGAGAAGGCUUCUGUUGUUGGAUCUUGCCUUGUGAUGGUAUGGCAUCCACAUGGCCUGUUGUCAAAUAUAUUGUGUUCUAGCAUCCAUGUAAAGAUAUCCUGUUUAUGAUUGCAGGUUUAAUGUGCUUGAAGAUAAAUGUGCUUGUAUGCAUAUCAUAGAUCAUUCAUGUAAGUAAUAUUCACAUAGAAUGAAUUAAAUGAGCUGAUUCUCAGUA